AUGCACGCCAACAACGGCCGCGGCGACCAGCACUCGCCGAGGUCGGCCAAGUCGGCUUCCACGCGCGGUGGUGGCGGGGGCGUGGGCGGGGGUGACCAUCAUUACUCCCCGUCCGCCAAGACCCCUCGCGGCGGCGGCGCAGGAGCGGCGUCGCCGACGAACCUGCUGCCGAGCAGCGCGGCGUGGUUGGUGGACAGCCGGUGGGCGCUCUCGGCUGCGCUGAGCCUGCUGCUGUUCCUGGCCGUCGCGCUCGCCGUGACGUCGUCCUACCUCUCCUCGUCGUCGUCCUUCUUCUCCUUCCUGCCCGCCACCCGCGCCGCCGACUUCGUGGAGGGAGAGCGUGCCGCCACCGCUGAGCCGGCGGCCAACGACACGCCGACGCUGCCGCCCGGCGCCGGCUUGCCGCGGCUGGCGUACCUCAUCUCCGGGUCCAAGGGCGACCUGGACCGGCUGUGGCGCGCGCUGCACGCGCUGUACCACCCGCGCAACCAGUACGUGGUGCACCUGGACCGCGAGGCCCCCUUGGCGGAGCGCCUGGAGCUGGCGGUCCGCGUCGCCAACUCCACCGUCUUCCGCCGCGCCGGCAACGUCCACGUCAUCCGCCGCGCCAACAUGGUCACCUACCGUGGCCCCACCAUGGUGGCCAACACGCUGCACGCCUGCGCCGUCCUCCUCCGCCGCGGCGGCGCCUGGGACUGGUUCAUCAACCUCUCCGCCUCCGAUUACCCGCUCAUGACGCAGGACGACAUCCUGCACGUAUUCUCGACGGUGCCCAGGGACGUCAACUUCAUCGAGCACACGGGUAACUUAGGCUGGAAGGAGGGGGAGCGGGCUCGGCCUAUGAUCGUGGACCCGGGGCUGUACGGCUCCAAGAAACAGGACCUCUUCUGGGUGACGCCGAAGCGGGGGCUGCCGACGGCGUUCAAGCUCUUCACGGGCUCCGCCUGGGUGGCGCUGACGCGGGACUUCGUGGAGUACACGGUGUGGGGGUGGGACAACCUGCCGCGCACCCUGCUCAUGUACUACACCAACUUCGUCUCCUCCCCAGAGGGCUACUUCCAGACGCUGCUCUGCAACGCGCCGCGCUUCGUGCCCACCGUCGCCAACCACGACCUCCACCACAUCCAGUGGGACGUGCCGCCGCGCCAGCACCCGCACCCGCUCGAGCUCGUCGACAUGCCCGCCAUGCUCGCCAGCGGCGCUCCCUUCGCGAGGAAGUUUCCGCGGGACGACCCCGUGCUCGACGCCAUCGACGACGGACUCCUCGCGCGCCCGCGCCCCGCCAACGGCACUGGCAACGGCACCGCCGGCGAGGUGGCGUUCGUGCCCGGCGGCUGGUGCGGCGCCGACCCCGCGUGCCGGGCCGUGGACAACGACUGGGUGCUCAAGCCUGGGCCCGGAGCCGAGCGCUUCCGGAGGCUCAUCGACAGGAUCGUCAGGUCCGAGGCCUUUCCCAACAGGCAGUGCAAGUAG